GCGCGCGAGCGAGGCGGACCAAUGUGCGCGGGGUGCGGCCGGCGGGAUGGCGGCUGGGGCUACGCUGCUGCUGCUGCUGGCCGCGCUGCUCGGCCUGGGGCAGGCGGAUGAGGCGCCGAAGGUGGAGGUGUACUCACGCAACCAUGGUGUAGAUGGGGAGGAAAACACCCUCAACUGUUUUGUGAGUGGUUUUCACCCUCCAAAGAUCAACAUCUCCUUUUUCAAGAACGGGGAGCCCAUGAGCAACGUGAAGUACACAGACAUGUCCUUCAAUGACAAGUGGUAUUUCCAGCGCCUGGCAUAUGUGACGUUCACCCCCAGGAAGGGCGACAUCUACGUUUGCAGGGUGGCCCAUUCUGCCUUCCCAGAGCCGCAGUCUUUCCGAUGGGAUGCAGACUUCUAAGCUGUGUCUGGGAUAAUCAUGGUCUGAAAAAUUCUGCCUUGCAAGUAAGAAUCUUCUUGAGCUUCUGUCACUUCUUCGCAUCACGCUUGCGGAUAUGAUGAUGAGCAAUUAUUUUCAGUGCAGAAAUCCUUCUUUAUUAAAUGCUUAUCAUUAAAAUGCCAUUCACCCCAAGGGGUAUGUAAACUGAGUCUUUUAGCCACAUAAUCACUAAUGUGGAUAUUUAUAGCUGAAGAGCCAUUGUAACUCUUUGAUGCCUGAAUUUUACAGGAUUUUUAUCUAAAUAAAAUAGGAGAACUUCAGUCCUUAAAAUGUU